AUACAAAAUUGCAUAUGCAUAUAAGCUGUGGUGUUUUGAAAAACGGUUUUCUAUUUUUGUAUCAAGGAAGUUCCUUUAGUUGAGUUUGUGACAGCACGCGCACUGGUUGACCGGCAGUAUCCGAUCCGCAAAUAUACAGAGUAAAGAACAUACUGAGAUUUGUUGUUUGGUGUUAAAUUUUCUAUAAAAGGAAUUUUUUGAAAAUGGAAACUCAAAGCAAUGUCGCUAGCAAUGGCGAAAUCCAACAACAACAGCAGCAAACACAGCCAUUGACGUCGGCAGACACAACUAAAGAACGCAUUAAACGUGAAGCGAGCUGGCCUUUUGUUCUAUUUUACAUACAUUUGAAUAUACUUGGACUCUAUGGAAUCUUCAUAAUGUUCACGAAUGCCUCAUUUCUGACGAUUUUAUUCACCUUCGCUUUGACUUUUCUGGGAAUUUUGGGUGCAACGGCUGGCGCUCAUCGCCUUUGGGCGCACCAAACAUACACAGCCAGCACGUCACUAAGAGUUUUCUUGAUGCUGUGCCAAACCAUAGCUGGACAGGGCCCUAUCUAUAGAUGGGUACAAACGCAUCGCCUACAUCAUCAGAAAUUCCGCCAAGAAGUUGAUCCUUUCUACAGCGCACGUGGCUUCAUGGCCGCACAAGUGAACGCACAAAUCAUGAGUUACACACGGGAACAACAACAAUUGCUCAGUCAAGUCGAUAUGUCUGAUAUCGAACAGGAUAAGGUGGUUAUGUUUCAAAAAAAGUAUUACUGGGUACUCUACUUCUUCCUGCACGUUUUGUUGCCGAUCAAUGCACCGCUUGAGUAUUGGGGCGAUUCAAUUGCCGCAGCCACCUUUGUGGCCUUCUCACUGCGUUAUCUCAUCGUUUUGAAUGUUUGUUGGCUUAUUAAUUCGGCACAUUUCAUUUGGGGAUUGGACAAGAACUUCAAGCCCUCCGAUUCGAAUAGUGUGUUCUUCAUUACAAAGAGCUAUUGGCCUCAAUACCAUUAUCUGUUGCCCAACGAUUAUCAGAGCGGAGAGUUCGGCGAUUAUGGCAGUGACUUCGUAACGGCAAUGAUACGUGUGUUUGCAGCGCUCGACAUGGCAACGGAUCUGCGCACCAUAAGUUCGGUGGCUGUGCGCAAAGGCUUGACUACCGCCGUGGAGACGGGACGUCCAAUUGUCGAGUGCAUUCAGGAGCACGCAACCGAAGAGAUGAACGAAAUGCCGAAGAAUAAUUUCUUAAACCGCGAUCGUUUUAUGUAGAGUACAAUUCAUCAAUACUGUAUUGGAGUUUAGCAUUAUUAGUCGCAAAAUAGUACAUUAUAUAGAAAUGAUGUCCUCCAUUUUUAGGAAAGACUUUUAUAAUCCCACAAAAUCUCAAGCUGAAAUUGUUCCGAAUAAAUAUCAAUAAUUAAAACAGUUUAUAAAAAUGUUAGCCGAUAUUAUAAAUUGAUGUGACUAUAAGUUCUUAUAAAAAAAUACAGAUAAAAUAAUAAAUAAUAAGAAUAGUUUUUCAAGAAGUUUGCAAAA